AUGCACACGGGGAUUGUCAUCGGUGUUUUCCCCUUUUGUUGUUUCGUUUUGUGUUGUUCGCUGGUUCUUCAAUUACUCUACUCUUCUGUUUAUGAUUUGCGUUACUAUUCUAUGUACGGACAUGUUGAGAAGCUCGCUGAAGAGAUUCAAAAAGGAGCUGCUUCCGUCGAAGGAGUGGAAGCUAAGCUAUGGCAGGUACCUGAAACACUGCCUGAAGAGGUCCUCGGGAAAAUGGGAGCACCUCCAAAGAGUGAUGUUCCAAUUAUUACACCCAAUGAGUUACCUGAGGCUGAUGGCUUAUUGCUUGGUUUUCCCACAAGAUUUGGACUAAUGGCUGCUCAAUUCAAAGCUUUCAUGGAUGCCACAGGAGGCCUAUGGCGUACACAGGCCCUGGCUGGAAAGCCUGCAGGGAUCUUUUACAGCACCGGUUCUCAAGGAGGAGGCCAAGAGACUACUCCGUUGACAUCUAUCACUCAGCUUGUUCAUCAUGGCAUGAUUUUUGUGCCCAUUGGUUACACAUUUGGUGCUGGGAUGUUUGAGAUGGAGAAGGUGAAGGGUGGUUCCCCAUAUGGGGCAGGUACCUACGCUGGGGAUGGCUCCAGACAACCUACCGAGUUAGAAUUGGCUCAAGCUUUCCAUCAGGGGAAGUACUUUGCUGGCAUUGCUAAGAAACUCAAGGCAUCAUCAUCUCAGUGA